AUGGGUCAGCUUUUGAGCAUAGUCGCUCUGACUUUUGCCGUCCGUUGGGAACCGUUGUGGCUGACCGUCGAUUAGCGGCCUGGUGGCUCGAAGCGCUGACUCGCAGUGUACGUGUGAAGCAAAGCUCAUGGAGCUGGCCUUCAUCCAUUUGGAUUUUGGCAACAUGCCCCCGAUCGCCCUGAGGCAUUGUGCAUCGAUCCAGUUGCGAUCGAGGCUCGCGCUACGGUAGGCCAUUCUCGGCUUACGUCUUGCGAGCAGACCGAGCUUGGGGGAGAAAAUAGCAAACGGGCAAAUGCCCGAGCUCUCUCCAUCGUGUUGACAAGCUUCAGAGAGAAAUGA